AUGGCUAGGUUUUUAUUUGGAUUAAACCGGGAAAUCCAAGAUAAGGUAGACAUGCAGCAUUAUGUGGACUUGGAAGAUAUGGUGCAUAUAGCCAUCAAAGUGGAGCAACAACUCAAUAAAGGGGGGGGGGGGGUGUCUCGUGCAGCCAAUAACUCCAAUUCUACCUCUUGGAAACCAAGUUACACCAUGCAGAUGGAAAAGUCACAAACAUCCAAAGCCGAGCCCAAGUCUGCGAACAGCCUCCACAUUCCUCAAGGUAAACCUGACACUUCUACCUCUAGGAAUCGUGACAUUAAAUGUUUUAAAUGUCAAGGCAGGGGACACAUAGCAAGUCAAUGUCCAAACAAGCAGGUCAUGGUGUUGCAAGACAAUGGUGAACUUGUGACCAACAAUGAAGAUUCAGGCAACGACGACAUGCCACCAUUGAAGGAAAUUUCCAAGGAGGAAUAUUUAGCCCCUAAUGCAUUGACAUUGGUGGCAAGGAGAGCAUUGAGCUUGCAAGCAAAAGGAGUUGAUCAAGUGCAGUGGGAGAACAUCUUUCACACUAGGUUCUACGUCAAAGACAAUGUAUGUAGUGUGAUUAUUGACAGUGGUAGUUGUACUAAUGUUGCAAGCACAAUUAUGAUGGAAAAAUUGGGACCACUCGUGUUGAAGCACCCUAGACCAUACAAGUUGCAAUGGUUAAAUGAUAGUUGUGAGAUAAGGGUGAACACGCAGGAGUAUGAGGAUGACUUUCCCGAGGAAACACCACAUGGGUUACCUCCAAUCCGAGGGAUUGAACAUCAAAUUGAUUUUGUUCCUGGCAGAUUUAUAGUUGUCUACUUUGAUAAUAUACUCAUUUAUAACAAAAAUGUAGACGAUCAUGUAGAUCAAUUGAAAUCUAUUUUAGAUGUCCUUUGGAAAGAAAAGUUGUUUGCUAAUAUGAAGAAGUGUACUUUUUACACCAAUAAGCUUGUAUUUAUGGGAUUUGUUGUUAGUACACAAGGUAUACAUGUUGAUGAAGACAAGUUCGUGAAGGACUUUAGUAGCAUAGCAGCACCAAUUACCGAAGUGAUCAAGAAGAAUGUUGGAUUUAGAUGGGGAGAAGAACAAGAGAAGGCGUUCCAAAUAAUCAAAGAGAAUCUAAUCAAUGACCCCUUAUUGUCUUUACCUAAUUUUUUGAAAAUGUUUGAGAUUGAAUGUGAUGCUUCAGGUAUUGGCAUAGGCAAAGUUCUUAUGCAGGAAGGACGACCAGUUGCUUACUUCAGCGAGAAACUAAACGGGGCAGCCUUAAACUAUCCAACUUAUGACAAGUAG